GUCUUUGGCUGGGGUCCAGCCUGAGGCCCUGGGCGGCGGCGGCCGCCGCGGCAGCAGCAGCGGGCGGGGUUUGGGGGUUUUUUAUAACCCUGGCAGGCUGCUCAGGAAGUGAGUGCCUUCCCGCGCCCCCUCCCCCGGCCACGCCGCCGCGCGCUAGCUCCCUCCCUUCCUGCGCGCUGGGCGGCGAGACUGUGCGGCCACGGUGGACCAGAGGCCCCGGGCACACAGGAGACCGGUGAUGCUGCCCAGACUGUGAACAGGGGAGGCAGCACUGCAGGGGCUGCCAGAGCCGGGGCUGGGGAGAGACAUGUGGACACGUAGCUCCUAUGGCUUCUGCCUGCCAGAUCCUCCGCUGGGCCCUUGCCCUGGGGCUGGGCCUCACAUUCAAGGUCACACAAGCCUUCAGAUCUCAAGAUGAACUCCUGUCCAGUUUGGAGAGCUAUGAGAUUGCCUUCCCAACCCGCGUGGACCACAACGGGGCAAUGCUGGCCUUCUCUCCACCUGCCCCCCGGAGGCAGCGUCGGGGUACGGGGGCCACAGCCGAGUCGCGCCUGUUCUACAAGGUGGCCGCACCCAGCACUCACUUCCUGCUGAAUCUGACCCGCAGCCCCCGUCUACUGGCAGGGCAUGUCUCCGUGGAAUAUUGGACGCGGGAGGGCCUGGCCUGGCAGAGGGCUGCCCGAGCCCACUGCCUCUACGCUGGCCACCUACAAGGCCAAGCUGGGAGCUCCCACGUGGCCAUCAGCACCUGUGGGGGCCUGCACGGUCUGAUUGUGGCAGGCGAGGAAGAGUAUCUGAUUGAGCCCCUGCAAGGUGGGCCCAAAGGUCACCGUGGCCCAGAAGAGAGUGGCCCCCACGUAGUAUACAAGCGUUCCUCUCUGCGUCACCCCCAUCUGGACACAGCCUGUGGAGUGAGAGAUGAGAAACCAUGGAAGGGUCGUCCAUGGUGGUUGCGGACACUGAAGCCACCACCUGCCAGACCCCUGGGGAAUGAGACAGAGCGAGGCCAGCCGGGCCUGAAGCGAUCAGUCAGCAGGGAGCGCUAUGUGGAGACGCUGGUGGUAGCCGACAAGAUGAUGGUGGCCUACCACGGGCGGAGAGAUGUGGAGCAGUAUGUAUUGGCCAUCAUGAACAUUGUUGCCAAACUUUUCCAGGACUCGAGUCUGGGAAACAUCGUCAACAUCCUCGUCACCCGCCUUAUCCUGCUCACAGAGGACCAGCCCACCCUGGAGAUCACCCACCAUGCUGGGAAGUCACUGGACAGCUUCUGUAAGUGGCAGAAAUCCAUCGUGAGUCACAGUGGCCAUGGCAACGCCAUCCCAGAGAACGGUGUGGCCAACCAUGACACAGCUGUGCUUAUCACACGCUAUGACAUCUGCAUCUACAAGAACAAACCCUGCGGCACUCUGGGUAUGGAGUCCGUCAGUGGCCUGGCCCCUGUGGGUGGGAUGUGUGAGCGUGAGAGGAGUUGCAGUAUCAAUGAAGAUAUCGGCCUGGCCACGGCAUUCACCAUUGCCCAUGAGAUCGGGCACACAUUUGGCAUGAAUCACGAUGGUGUGGGGAAUGGCUGCGGGGCCCGUGGUCAGGACCCAGCAAAGCUCAUGGCUGCCCACAUUACCAUGAAGACUAAUCCGUUCGUGUGGUCUUCGUGCAGUCGAGACUACAUCACCAGCUUUCUGGACUCGGGCCUGGGGCUUUGCCUGAAUAACCGGCCUCCCAGACAGGACUUCGUGUACCCGACGGUGGCUCCCGGCCAGGCCUACGACGCUGAUGAGCAGUGCCGAUUCCAGCAUGGAGUCAAAUCGCGUCAGUGUAAAUACGGGGAGGUCUGCAGCGAACUGUGGUGCCUGAGCAAGAGCAAUCGGUGCAUCACCAAUAGCAUCCCAGCUGCUGAAGGAACACUGUGCCAAACACACACCAUCGACAAAGGGUGGUGCUACAAACGUGUGUGUGUCCCCUUUGGGUCUCGACCAGAGGGUGUGGAUGGGGCCUGGGGCCCGUGGACUCCGUGGGGCGACUGCAGCAGGUCAUGUGGUGGUGGUGUGUCAUCCUCCAGUCGGCACUGUGACAGCCCCAGGCCGACCAUUGGGGGCAAGUACUGUCUGGGCGAGAGGCGGAGGCACCGGUCCUGCAACACUGAUGACUGUCCCCCUGGCUCCCAGGACUUCAGAGAAAUGCAGUGCUCUGAAUUUGACAGCGUUCCUUUCCGUGGAAAGUUCUACACGUGGAAGACGUAUCGCGGAGGGGGCGUGAAGGCCUGUUCACUGACUUGCCUAGCAGAAGGCUUCAACUUUUACACGGAGAGAGCAGCAGCUGUGGUGGAUGGUACACCCUGCCGCCCUGACACCGUGGACAUCUGUGUCAGCGGCGAGUGCAAGCAUGUGGGCUGUGACCGGGUCCUGGGUUCUGAUCUCCGAGAGGACAAAUGCCGAGUGUGUGGGGGUGAUGGCAGUGCCUGUGAGACCAUCGAGGGGGUCUUCAGCCCAGCUUUGCCAGGAAGUGGGUAUGAGGACGUCGUCUGGAUCCCCAAAGGCUCCGUCCACAUUUUCAUCCAAUAUCUGAACCUGUCCCUUAGCCACCUGGCCCUAAAAGGGGACCAAGAAUCUCUGCUACUGGAGGGGCUACCUGGGACCCCCCAACCUCACCGCCUUCCCUUGGCUGGGACCACCUUUCAUCUACGUCAGGGUCCAGAUCAGGCCCAGAGCCUAGAAGCCCUGGGGCCCAUUAAUGCAUCUCUCAUCGUCAUGGUGCUGGCCCAGGCAGAGCUGCCUGCCCUCCACUACCGCUUCAACGCGCCCAUUGCCCGGGAUGCGCUGCCUCCCUACUCCUGGCACUACGCCCCCUGGACCAAGUGCUCAGCCCAGUGCGCAGGCGGCAGCCAGGUUCAAGUGGUGGAGUGCCGAAAUCAGCUGGACAGCUCAGCGGUGGCCCCGCACUACUGCAGCGCCCACAGCAAAUUACCUAAGCGGCAGCGUGCCUGCAACACAGAACCGUGCCCGCCAGAUUGGGUUGUAGGAAACUGGUCACGGUGCAGCCGCAGCUGUGACGCUGGGGUGCGAAGCCGCUCGGUGGUGUGCCAGCGCCGGGUGUCUGCUGCCGAGGAGAAAGCCCUAGAUGACAGUGCCUGUCCACAGCCACGCCCACCUGUGCUGGAGGCCUGCCAGGGCCCCAUGUGCCCUCCCGAGUGGGCAGCCCUGGAAUGGUCUGAGUGCACCCCGAGCUGCGGGCCUGGUCUCCGCCACCGAGUGGUCCUUUGUAAGAGUGCAGAUCAGCGGUCCACUCUGCCCCCUGGGCACUGCCCUCCCUCCGCCAAGCCACCAACCACUAUGCGAUGCAACCUGCGCCGCUGCCCUCCUGCCCGUUGGGUGGCCAGCGAGUGGGGUGAGUGCUCCUCACAGUGUGGCCUCGGCCAGCAGCAGCGCACGGUGCGGUGCACCAGCCACACGGGCCAGCCGUCCCGAGAGUGCACUGAGGCCCUGCGGCCAUCCACCCUGCAGCAGUGUGAGGCCAAGUGUGACAGCGUGGUGCCCCCUGGGGAUGGCCCGGAAGAAUGCAAGGAUGUGAACAAGGUGGCCUACUGCCCCCUGGUGCUCAAAUUUCAGUUCUGUAGCCGAGCCUACUUCCGCCAGAUGUGCUGCAAAACCUGCCAAGGCCGCUAGGGGGUGUGCAGCACCCGGAGCCACCCUGGAGCACAGACGGGGGAACUCCACUGGAGAGGGCCUGCAGGAGGGAGGGAGGCGGGAUUGAAGGGUGAGAUGCAGUUGAAAGUUAUUUAUUGGGUAACCCCUAUAGGAAUCCUGGCUAGGGGAUGGAGAAGAGCUGGCUGCCCCAUGCCGCACACAUCUUUAAGUCCCCAGCACUCCCCCCACCCUUUGAUCGGAAUAUGUACUGUGAAGAGUGGGGGUGGGGAGGGGGUAUGCCGGUGCCCUGCCCCCAGCACUGUUCUAUCCCUCCACUCUGAGCUGGGGGGAUUUAUAUCUGCUAUGGGGGAGUGGGAUUAAUACCACCUCCAUGCGACCCUCCCCCAGACUAACCAGGGGCAAGAUCUACCCCAACCUCUGCCCUGCCUGCCCCAGGGGGAGCCCAACAUCCAGGCUACCCCCAUCAUGGUGCUACAAGCCCUGCCUUGGGGUCCACACACUCCUCACCAAGAAGCCUUACAUCAAUAAAGUUC